ACCGGUAGAGUUGUGUUGUGAUGUGUUAUGUUGAAUUUUAUCGCAGUGGGACCUCUGAUCAUGCAUAAUUCAACCCGAUAUAUUCAUCUUAAACAAAAAUAAAAUUCUCCAUUACAUGAUAAUUAUACUGUUAUUUGAUUAUCAGUAACUAUAGCGACCAGGUGAUGCAGGUAUAAAGGUGAAUGAUUUAACUAGGCGGACAUCAUUAAGAAUUCAUUCAGCCUUCCUUACACAGCUGACUGACUACUAGUAUUGUCUUCAAAAUGAGGGAAUGUAUCUCUAUACAUGUUGGUCAAGCUGGUGUCCAGAUGGGCAAUGCCUGCUGGGAAUUGUAUUGUCUUGAACAUGGUAUCCAGCCUGAUGGUCAGAUGCCAAGUGACAAGACCAUUGGUGGUGGAGAUGACUCAUUCAACACUUUCUUCAGUGAAACAGGAGCAGGCAAACAUGUACCAAGAGCUGUAUUUGUUGAUUUAGAACCAACUGUUGUCGAUGAAGUACGCACCGGAACCUAUCGUCAGCUGUUUCACCCAGAGCAGCUAGUCACUGGAAAAGAAGACGCCGCCAACAAUUACGCUAGAGGCCAUUACACCAUUGGGAAAGAAAUUGUAGACUUGGUACUUGAUAGACUUAGAAAGCUGGCUGACCAAUGUACUGGACUCCAAGGCUUCCUGAUUUUCCAUAGUUUUGGUGGAGGAACUGGUUCAGGAUUUACAUCUCUAUUAAUGGAAAGAUUGUCGGUUGAUUAUGGAAAGAAAUCUAAGCUGGAAUUCGCCAUCUAUCCAGCACCACAGAUUUCCACUGCAGUCGUUGAACCUUACAACUCUAUUCUGACAACUCAUACCACACUUGAACACUCUGAUUGUGCAUUUAUGGUUGACAAUGAAGCCAUCUAUGACAUUUGUCGUCGUAACCUUGACAUUGAGAGACCAACAUAUACUAACUUGAAUCGUCUGAUUGGUCAGAUUGUCAGCUCCAUUACUGCUUCACUUCGUUUUGAUGGUGCUUUGAAUGUGGAUCUUACUGAAUUCCAGACCAAUUUGGUGCCAUAUCCACGUAUUCAUUUUCCAUUGGCUACCUAUGCUCCAGUUAUUUCUGCAGAAAAAGCAUACCAUGAACAAUUGACGGUUGCAGAAAUCACCAAUGCCUGUUUCGAACCUGCCAACCAAAUGGUGAAAUGUGAUCCACGUCAUGGCAAAUACAUGGCUUGCUGUAUGUUAUACAGAGGAGAUGUUGUACCCAAAGAUGUCAAUGCUGCAAUAGCUACCAUCAAAACUAAGAGAACCAUUCAAUUCGUUGAUUGGUGUCCAACUGGGUUCAAGGUCGGAAUCAACUACCAGCCACCCACUGUUGUACCUGGAGGAGAUUUAGCUAAAGUACAAAGAGCUGUCUGUAUGUUGAGUAAUACUACUGCUGUCGCUGAAGCCUGGGCUCGUCUCGACCACAAGUUUGAUUUGAUGUAUGCCAAACGUGCCUUCGUUCACUGGUAUGUCGGAGAGGGUAUGGAAGAAGGAGAAUUUUCUGAGGCUCGUGAAGAUUUGGCAGCUCUAGAGAAGGAUUAUGAAGAAGUUGGUGUUGAUUCUGUAGACGGAGAAGAGGAAGAAGGAGAAGAAGAAUAUUGAGAGAACUUCACAUUUUGAUUUUUAAAAGUUAUUCGACCAUAUACAAGUUGAAUAACAAUCACAACUUAUAAUAUCAAUUUUGUUCUUUUAAUGCAAUUUAUCUUUUGAAGAUGUUAACAACAAUCUUCAUUUUCAUACUUCAUGAAUUCUGAUAUUACGGGAAACGAUACAAAAUAAAAUUGAAACUAAUUAAAAAAUAAGAUUUACAUUUUUUAAUAAUCUAAAAUUGGUAAAAAGCAGGUGUCUGAGAAAGUUUAUAACUCCAAGAUUGUUUCGAAGAUUCUAAACAUUUACUUGUUCCUGAGUUGUUGUUUUUUCCAAUGACAAUCUUUAAUUGGACUCGGUUUUUCUACCGGCGGUCUUAGAUAACACUAAAAACAACUUCAGAAUUUCAAAAUUUCAUAUGAAUUGGCCUUUUAAAAGUUUGAAAGAGUGCCACUGAGAAGUUUUAUGUAGACGAAACUUGCGUUUGACGUUCAUAAUUAUAAACAUGGUAUUACA